UCUCCAUAUGAUCGGAGAAAGAAUAUAACUACCUAGUUCGGCAUAGUUUGUCAUGUACCGCGCUUCUCCGUAGCCGCUCUUUAGCGCCGGCCGCAACUCAAGUCCGCAAAAAGUGGACGUUUGAAGGCAGUUCGAUCGUAACGUCGCGCAACAACAGUCCCAAUGCAUCGGCAAUCAUUGCUGAGGCUCUCUCGCCAGUAUGGGGCUUCUCCCCUGGUCGAAUUACCCCCUCCAUAUCUCGCGCCUUCCCUUCACUUCUCCAUAAUCCGAUCACCGACCCAGAGCUCGAGCUUUUCUUCCACGGCUGCUGCGGCUGGAAAGGAUCUGAGCAAGUCUCGCGGCGUUUCUGCGAUUCACAGAACUGGCCCCAAGCAUCCACUGGGAGUCUCCAAGUAUCCGUUGCCGAAGCCUGUGCUGUCGGCCCGACAGGCUCGUGAUCCUACUCCCAACCAUGGCCUAUGGGAGUUCUUUCCGAAGGACAAGCAGGCACUGAGCAGCCCUGAAUAUGAUAUCGCACACGGCCGCCCUUGGUCUAUCCAGGAACUCCGCGAGAAGUCUUUCGAAGAUCUCCACAGCCUUUGGUGGGUUUGCGUCAAGGAGCGCAACAGGAUAGCUACAUCCAAUCUGGAAAGGAAGAGGCUGAAGGCCGGUUAUGGAGAAUACGAGGCCAAUGAUCGUGACAGAGUGAUUCGAGUUACGCAGAAUGGCAUCAAGCACGUCCUUCGGGAGAGAUGGUACGCUUGGGAAGAUGCGCAGCACCUAUACAACAGUGGUUACCGACCGGAGGCGGAUGAGGGUAGCUUCGAGGAAGAGACUGCUCAGAAAGCGUGAGCUAGAGCGUCUCGAUGGGAAGUGCAGCAUACAGUGCUUCAGAUAUCCCCUCGGAUUCAUGUAUUAUCACGCGAUUUCAUCUCCUGAAGUGUAUCAUUAAUUAUGUUUGCCGUUGUUGAUACAAGUGGAAACGAUUGGAACUGUAGACCCCCUUUCCACUCUACGAUUUCAACCUCCCCUAGACUCCCUUGAAUAUUCUCCUCAAAGACUCGGUCAUUAAAAUAAGCUGGAGGAUAAUUAUUAUCGUUUGUAAACUCUCGUG